AUGCCUGCAUACUCCUUCGACUACAAGUCCUACAUGACAAACAACCUGUUGGGACAUGACCAGGAUAUUCACUAUAAAAUGUCUAAAAAGAUUGCACAAUUGACAAAAGUGGUUUGCAUGUUGAACUCACGUGGUGAGGAUUCUGUUGAUCUACUUAAGGAGACUUCCAAGCAACACGAAAAUGAAAUUAUCAAACUAAAGAGUUCCUAUGAACUGAAACUGAGAGAUUUAGAGCUUAGACUUGAAGAGGAGAAAGGAUUCGGGAACACCAUAGCCUUCUUAGAAAAGAGUAUUAGUGAAAAAGAGUUGGAAAUCAUCAACAUGGAAUCUGUGAGUUAUUUGUAA